CGCCCCGUAUUACGCAUGCGCACCUUCAGUCCGGGGAAGAGGGGAGGAAUCGUGAAGAGGGAAGGUCCGGGUGCCACGCAUGCGCACCUCCUUAGCCCGGCAACUAUUCCGAAGUUACGCAUGCGCGCCACGCGGGCUCCCGUCCGGAGUGACGCACGCGCACCCCCUGGCCAACCGCGUGACUCCAACGGAAGAAAGGGCAGACUGAAGCGCGGAGAGGGGCUGACUUGUUGCUUCUCAAAAGUGAAGAGAGCUGGUCGUGCGCGUGCGAUUACAAAGAUGGAUUUGUUGGAAGUGUCUGGAUACGAUGAGUUUAUGAAGGCGGUAGACGCCAACAAGGAAAAGACAAUCUUCGCGUAUUUCACCGGGUCGAAGAAUGCGCAGGGUGUGAGCUGGUGCCCGGACUGUGUGACGGCUGAACCAAUAGUCCGUGGAGAGCUGACUAAAUUGCCUGAAGGAUCUAUCUUCAUCUACUGUCAAAUCGGUGACCGGCCAUAUUGGAAGGACCUUGAAAAUAAAUUUCGAACAGUUCUGAAAGUGAAUGCUGUACCAACUCUCAUGAAAUAUGGCACAUCUCAAAAGCUGGUAGAAUCGGAGCUGUUCAAGCCAAAUCUUGUGCAAAUGCUGUUCUCGGAGGAUUGAAAAUUUCCUACUGUAACAGUUAAUCAUCAAUGUGAAUGAUGUGAGACAUCUUGAUUUCCAUCAAAAGUUAUACAAAGUCAAACUGAACCAUGUUUCUAAUUUGACAGUCUUCAAGCUUCAAGUGUAAAUGUCAUUGGCAGCCCUUCGUUAGGUUUCAUUAUUUGCAGACAAUUAGGGUAUGCUGUUGUGCUAAAUUGUUCUUGAAACCCUUUGAAAUGUUUAAGGAUAAUGCAUGAAACGUAAUGUGCCAUCUUAAUGAAUUGAGUACUUAGAUUUUGCUGAUAAUGUACAAGAUUGUAGAAUGUAUUAAGGCAUGAAGGUUAAUGAUAUUUUGAUAACCAUUGUCUUUGAAUUCUGAAUUUAAAAUGAAAUUGUUCAACUCGA